AUGUCGAGAAGAAAUCAAUUGCUGUCUUCAAUGGAUGUAGAUGACGACGAUGAGAUGCCGUCGAUGCCUUCGAUGCGUCCAUCAAGCUAUGCACAGCGCACAGAAGACACUGGCAGCUCAAAGCCCAUGAUCGACAUCGACGAGCUAAUGGCGCAAGAUGCAGAUACCCCGGAAUGUGCACUGGCGCAGCUUACGAGAGCGUGGGUGGCUGAGCGCGGUGCUCCCGUGCUGCUGGAAUGGCAGGGCGACGUCGUCGAUGAGGUUAUGAGUCAAGUAGAGGAGCAGACUAAGAUUGUUGAAAGCCUCAAGUCAGAUGAUAGGAGUACAGAUGAGGAGCAUUUCCAGCUUAUUCUCGUGCAGACUGAAGUUGAGCGCGCGAAAUAUGUCAUCACAUCCUAUGUUCGUGCGAGAUUGAGCAAAAUUGAGGAAUUCGCUCAGUACAUAGUCGCUAACCCAUCGAGCCACACGAAUCUUUCGGGCAUCGAGCUCUCACAUGCGCGCAAAUUCUGGCGUCUGGUUGAGAAUCAUUAUCAGAUGUCGGUGUUGCAGGGUCUGCCUACAGCGAUGCGUGGGUUGGAAGACAAUCAGAAUGGGAAGAGCAUGAUGGCCGAGCCAGAUGUGGACACGGCGGUGUUCAUCAGGGCGAGGAGGAACGUGGGAGAGGUGCAGCUACCACAGCAGGCGAUACAGCUAAUGAAGAAUGACUGCUACCUGGUACGAUACAGGGAUGUGAGCUACUUGAUAGCGAGUGGGGGAGUGGAGAUAGUGUGA